AUGUCUUUCCCCCCCGUCCAAGGCGGCGGCUCGAUGAUCGUCGCUUGGCAAGUCAAGUCCAAGCAUGUAUUAGUCGUUGGCGGCGGCGAGGUCGCAGCAGGCCGAAUCCUCCACGCUCUAAACGCCGAUGCAAAAGUAACAGUCGUCAGUCCAACCAGCGGCCUAAACCCCGAAGUAUCCUACCGCAUCGCCGAAAACCAAGUCACCCACAUCGACCGCACCUUUGAACCCUCCGACCUCGACGGCGCAGAUAUGGUCCUCUGCGCAAUUGACGACCCCGAAGCCUCGACCCAAGUCUGGAAACUGUGCAAGGAGCGCCGAAUUCCCGCGAACAUUGCCGACGUGCCCCCCGAAUGUGACUUUUAUUUCGGCAGUAUGCAUCGGGAUGGGCCGUUGCAGGUCAUGGUUAGUACGAAUGGGAAUGGGCCGCGGUUGGCGGCGAUCGUGAGGAGGAAGAUUGCGGAUGCACUGCCGGAGAACAUGGGGGCUGCCAUUGAGAAUGUGGGAUCGUUGAGGAAGAUGUUGAGACAAGUUGCCCCCGAAGCGAAGGAGGGGGCUAAGAGGAUGAAGUGGAUGUCGGCGGUCUGUGAGGAGUGGGAGCUGGAUGAUUUGGUGAAGAUGACUGAGAAGGACAUGGCAGGUUUGUUGACGCAUUAUGCUGAAGGGGAUGUGCCGUCUUUUGAACAGGUCCGGUUGGAGGCGAUGAAAAUUAAUGACUAG